AUCAGAUCACCUAGAGGUAUCCCGACGUAAGACACUGCCAGAACUUUGAAUACAACUUGUCCGAAAUGAGCCUCCAGGUUUGUCACUGUGGCUGGUCCAAAGUCACCACCUACCACGGCCUGAGAACUCACCAGGGGAAGAAAGGAUGCACACCAAAGGGAAUGCACAUCCCAGAGAGCAAACUAUUUAGCUACAAUCCAAUAAGUUUUUACCAACCAAGUCUGAUCAGAAUAGAAGAACCUUUUGCAGAUUUCUUCAAGACUCAUUUGACAACUGGCCAGAACUGUGAAUACAACUUGUUCGAUAUGAGCCUCCAGACCUGCCACUGUGGCUGGUCCAAAGUCACCACCUACCAGGGGCUGAGAAUUCACCAGGGGAAGAUGGGAUGCACACCGAAGGGAAUGCACAUCCCGGAGAGCAAACUAUUCAGCACUCCUUCAGGUUUUAACCAGCCGAGUCUGAUUAGUUUAGAAGAGCCUUCUGCAGACAUCUUCAAGCCUCCUCUAAAGUCUGUCACCACUUUCACUGACCUGGGAAGUACUCAGGGGAUGAUAGGUUACACGCCACAAAAUAAAAAUCUCCCAGACAGUAACCUGAACUCCUGGAGCAACAAGCGUGAACUAAGUACCCAAAACAACAGCUGGACAUUUCAGAGCACUCCGGUUAAGGAAGAGAAAGUUUUAAUGUCUCCAAACAUAACAACACAAAUGACUUAUGGAAUGACACAAGUCUCAGAACAGGACAUGAGCACACAAAUGAUCCAAAAUGAAGAGGGAUCUAAACAAACGCUUGAAAAGACAUCAACAUCUCUCGGGUUCACAUUUGGUAUCCAGUCAGAUAAAUCAUCACCGUCAGACAUCUUUACCACUAAGCUGAGCUCUUCACCUGGAAUUUCAUUUUUCCAGACUCCGUCACCGCCCAAUCAAGGUUCUGCAUCUUUGGACAAAGCCAGAAGAAUGCUUGACUUUUCCUCUGUUGCACCCAAGGUCUCUGAAAACAAGCAGCUUCUCAAAAACACAGAGGAAGAAGCAGUGAUUGAUGAAAAGGAGAAAGAAAGAGAGGCUGAAAGAUGUCAGACAAGGAAAAACAUGAUGAAGGUCCAGAUACAGCAGAAAAUUCAAUCACGAGAGCGAAAGAUGAUUGAAGUUAAAUCAGCUGCAAAAGGUUGCAAGGGCAGUUUGGAUGCUGAGUGGCUGCAGAUCAACAGUGUGUUCACAGAGGUGAGCAGGGCGGUGGAGGCUGCUCGGCAGAAAGCCCUGGAGCCUCUGGAGAAGAGGAAAGAAAAAGUCAAAAGAGAGGCAGAGCAUCUUCUACAGACUCUCCAAGGACAAAUUGAUAGCCUCAGAAAAUCAAUGGAUGAACUGGACAGAAAUCCUUCUACACAGACCUCUCAACCUCCAGCCUUGACUGACCUCAAAGACUUAAAAAACCUAGAUCUUGACACCUCCUUCUCCUUUGGCACCCUGAGAGCUACAACAUCUAGUUUGAUGAAAGAGAUCCAGUGGCAUCUGGAAAAUCUCUCUCGUCUAGAGCUGAAAAGGAUUGCAUCAUUUGCAGUGGAUGUAAAGUUGGACUCAGCCACGGCCCAUCAGAGUCUUGUACUGUCCAAUGAUGGCAAAAAAGUGAGAGAUGGAGGAGAGAAGAUAAAAGGUCCAGAUUCUCCGGGGAGGUUUGACAUCUUCGGCAGCGUCCUUGGGAAGAACAGCUUUAACUGUGGGAGGUCAUACUGGGAAGUGGAUGUCAAAAACAAAACCGGCUGGGAUCUAGGUGUGGCACGGCGCAGUGCAAACCGCAAAGGAAUAAUUGAUGUGAACACGGACAAUGGUUACUGGGUGGCUGUGCAUUUUGAAGACAGGAAAUACGCAGCACUGACGGUACCGCCCACAAGCCUUCCUAUGGAGGAGAAACCUCAGAAAGUUGGAGUGUUCAUCGACUAUGAGGAAGGUGUUGUGUCUUUUUAUGAUGUGAUAAACGAGCUGCACAUUUUCUCAUUCACAGAGUGUUUGUUCAGGGAUGACAUUUGCCCAUAUUUUAGUCCACAUCUUAAAAAGGAUGAUAAAAAUUCUGAUCCUUUGAUUAUAUCUGCUGUGUAAGAUCAGAGGUCAUUCAGUAAAGAGCAUGAUUAACUUGUCCUGAGUGGAUAAUGUAAUUACAGGCACCACUAGUAAAUAUUGCCUCUCCAUGCAAUAGAAAAUACAACCUUUCCAUUAGACUACAUUAAUUCAAAAGGUCACCAUGUAAAACUACCAGACACUAUAACUAAACAGCAGCCAUUUAUAGAAUCACUGUCGUCACACCAAAAAUAAAUCAAAGCAUUUUGAAAUAUAUAGCUUACUUUUUGAAGUGAAUAUGAAUGUGUGGUGAUUUGUAGAUGUUGUAUAGAAAUUUUGACUGCUGAGUUUUGUAAAAAUCUAUAUUUAUAUUUAGAUUUUUUUUUUAAGAUUUAAAAGUAAAUGAUGUGAAAUGUAUGAGAAAGGAAAAAUGACGGGUGUUGCAUUAGGUUGUCAAGCAGGUUGUGUUUAUGGGACAUAAAGUUUCGAAUACAAUACUUUAACAAUGUUUUGUCUGCUGAUCUCGCUUGUUAUUUACCUCCCACAUCUGUAUUUAGUGGUCCAGUGUACAGUGUGUGAUUUUAAGCUUAAAAAACAUAUGGUUGUCUUGGAAGCAGCUGGAAGAAUAACAUGUGGUUUUAUUGCAUCAAAAAGGAUUAAGCUGCAGGUUUAAAUCUAAGUGCUAAAAGUGACUACUUAUCUAAAGUAGUCGAACAACCAUCUCUAGAUUCCACUGCAUUCAUGACGUCUGAUUCUAAAAUUACUGGGGAAAUUUACACCUGUGUUUACACCUUGAAGCUUUCUCUCUCUGUUUCUUUUCCUGAGAUCGCUCAGGACAUACUCUUUAAAUAACACUUCACAAUGUUUUAAAUAACACUAUUUUCGGUAGUACUUAGAGUUUGUUAGU